AUGGAGAAGUCUUCCCUAUCGGCCUGCAACUCUCAGCUACCCAAGGCACUCAAUGCCCUCCUUAAGUACUCUGCGAAGAAGUCAGCUGAGAAGGCCACCAGAGACCUGCUGGCUGAGGAGGCUGGCGACACUGUCACUGUGCAGAUUAAUGUUGAUAAGAUACAGGGAAAAGCUGAUAAUAAAUAUCGGUUGAUACAAGUACCUCACUCGAUUCACGGCAAGAACGGCAUCGAGGGACUGUCCAUUUGCCUUAUAGCUCGGGAUCCUAAGCAAACCGCUCAGAAGCUGGUGGCCAAAUACAAUUUGCCCAUUGCCAAGAUUGUAACCAUCAAGGCUCUACGAUCGAAGUACGCGGCUCGUUUUGAGCUCCUCCGGGAUCUGGCCAACGCUCACGACGUCUUUCUCUGCGAUUCCUCCGUGUCCGAUAUGCUCCCCAAUCUCCUUGGCAAGUACUUCUUCCAUCACAAAAAGCAAAAGAUACCGGUUCCCGUCAAGUGGCCUACUUCUAGCGACGUGGAUCCUACCAAGCAAAUUGAGAAGGCGCUCAACAGUACCCGUUAUCGUAAGAGUACUGGAGCUAGCAUCAGCGUCCGUAUUGGUGACACGUCCAUGGCUAAGGAGGAUCUCGUCGAGAACGCUAGAGUCGUCCUUGAGGCCUUGUCGAGCGACAUGUUGUCAGUGAAACGUAAGAUCCUUAGUGUCGGCGUCCAGAGUACAGACUCGAUCAUGCUCCCCGUAUGGGCGGCUGAGGCGCCGAAACCUGUGGCAGAAGAGAAAUCUGGAAAGAAGGGCGUCAAACGGGUACGCUUUGAGGUGGCUGAAGAGGAGGAGGAGGAGGAGGAGGAGGAGGAGGAGGAGGAAGAAGAAGAAGAAGACGUUGGCAAGAUGAAGCUGUCGGAAGUCCCUGUGGGAAAAUUGGAGGAGAGACGUGAGAAGAAGCGUGUGGCUGUUGCGGCUGAGGCGCCUCGGAAGAUCUCAAAGCCUAACGAGAAGAAGGGCAAGAAGAAGACUGCUAAUAAGAAGAAGCCUCGUAGAAAAUAAUGUGGUGACCAGAAGCAUCUGAGCUCAUCCCCGGCCAGACGUAUUCUAUCGGCUCUAUCGGCACUGUCCUUAUAUCG